CUGGUUUUUGUUUUUGCUCUAAGUGAAUAUUGUGCAUGUCAGCAACUGGACGUUGCCAAUCCAGCAUAUAAUAAUAAUAAUAAUAAUAAUAAUAAUAAUCAGUUGCCCAAAAUAUAAUUUUCUCUGAAAAGCAAAUUAAUGGUCAAGAGUGUUUUGAGUGGGGCAGUUUUGGGAUGAUCGAACCAAUCCCAGAGUUCCGAACCGGAGAGAAGGUGCGAAGAUCCGGCUCUUCUUCCCCGGACAGAGAGAGAUCUGAUGGAUCUCCGAAACUUCAGCGACUGCUCUGCGCUUCCUUCAACCAGGACACAACGUCUUUGACUGUUGGUGGUAAGAAUGGCUACAGGCUUUUCUCUCUGUCCUCUGUUGACAGAAUGGAUUGCAUUCAUCAAGGAGUUGAAAGCCCUGACGUGUACAUAGCAGAGCGGCUCUUCUCCAGCAGUCUGAUGGUGGUUGUGAGCAGAUCGACACCCUUUAGAAUGAACAUCUACCAUUUUAAGAAAGGCACGGAGAUCUGUAACUACAGCUACUCCAACAACAUCCUCGCUGUCAAACUCAACCGACAGAGGCUUGUAGUUUGUCUGGAGGAGGCCCUGUACAUCCAUAACAUCAAGGACAUGAAACUUCUCAAAUCUCUUCUCAACACACCACCAAACCCCAAAGGUCUCUGUGCACUUUCUGUCAAUCAUUCCAACUCAUAUCUGGCAUAUCCUGGGAGCUUCACCGCUGGAGAAAUUACUUUGUAUGAUGCUAUGAAUCUGAAUACGGUGACCGUGAUCUCGGCUCACGCCAGUCAUGUGGCUGCCGUCGCAUUUAAUGCUUCAGGAACCAGUCUGGCCAGCGCUUCAGAAAAAGGCACUGUUAUAAGAGUUUUCAGCGUACCUGAUGGAGUCAAACUGUUUGAAUUCCGCAGAGGGAUGAAGAGGUAUGUUAGCAUCAGUUCCCUGUCGUUCAGUGCCGACGCACAGUUUCUCUGUGCCUCCAGUAACACAGAAACCAUUCACAUCUUUAAACUGGAGCACCACAGUCCCAGUAAGGAGUCUCCAUCCUGGUCUGCAUAUAUGGGGAAGAUGUUUUCAGCGGCCAGCACCUACCUUCCCUCUCAGGUGUCAGAUAUGAUGCAUCAGGACAGAGCGUUUGCCACUGUUCGCCUCAGUGUGGCCGGUUGGAGGAACAUAGCGGCUCUUUCCACGAUCCAGAAGGUUCCACGUCUUCUGGUGGCCUCAUUAGAUGGUCAUCUUUACAUCUACAAUGUAGAUCCUCAGGAAGGAGGAGACUGUCAUUUAGUGGAGAAGCACAGACUGUUUGACAGCGAUGAUGAAACAGAACUGGAGGCCGGCAAUCCAUCUUACGCAGAAACUGUUGCCACAAGCACAAAUCCAGACUCUCCAUCUUCUAGUUCCCUCACAGGUUACUCUGAGGAUGUUGGUGAGAAGAGAGGAGAGCUGAUCCCCGAACAUGAGUUUGCGGAUGGACCCGUCCGUCUGGACGAUGAACAGGAGUUUCCUCCGGUUAGCUUUCAGAACAGCUGAAGACUCAAACAUCUUUCAUUUCAGUCAGGCUUCACUGCCGUCGGAUGGCGAUCGCUGUAUGUACAGCAGUUUGGGUGUAAACAUCAUAGUUGAUCGAAUCAUGUUGAAUUAAAAAACAUCUGUAUGUAGAUUCAGGUUUACCAGCUCAGGCGAACCUUACAAAUACAUUCACAUUAUGAAGUGUUUUUGAAAUAGAGAGCUCAUACAUGUGUGUUUAAUGCAUUUGUCAAUUCUAACUUUUACUGUGAACUUAUAUUUCACCACAGAUGUCUAACACACUAUAUUAUUAUGAAGAACAAUGAAACUGAUUUUUCUGAAUGACAGAAGGCAUGGGAGUGCAGGAUCAGAUUUCUUGUGUAAACAAGCAGCUUACAUAGGCAGAAGUACAGUAUGACACAAUAGAAGUUGUAUCAAAUCUUCAUGUUGACCAGAUUGCAUAUGUUUGUUUUUAGGAUUUAGAGUUUAAAGCAUAUCUAGCAAAGCUAGAAAAAAAGCAUUUCAAAUAGUUUCACUUUUCAGUAAAUAAAUGACAUGCAUUAUUGUGUCUUUUACAGCAUCCAGUCUGUUUAGUCAAUAUCACAGUGUUGUUGAUUUGAAUGUGGGACCUAAUAAAAUAAAGCUGCCAAAAUGAAA